CGAGGCACUUUUUGUAGCCUCGUCAUUGUCAAUAAUGAAGAGAUCAGAACCGUUAGACUCAUUGUCAGCCAAUAAUUGACACACAAACAUAGAUCAGCUGACAUCAUUACCAUAAAACAUUAUCGCUUCCGUCAUAAGCUAUCAACAAGUUCGCGUAUACGAUUGUCAUAGGUCGGAGCAUUGUCAAAGGAACAGGUACGCGAGAGGGUCCAUCUUCUACACUUAUCAAGACCGCGUCAUGGAAACCCUUCGGACCAGAAGCCCUGAUGUACCUGUGCAUCGUAGAGGCAGUAGUGGCAGAGAACAUAAGUGUGACGGGAUAGGUCGGUGCAGAGAUCAGGAUGGCAGCGGAUUAAGACUUACAGCACCCGUUGCCGUUUACCCAUAUGAAAGAUCUAGAAAUCAAAGUACGUCUAGCUUUGAAGAGAGGUGGUCUGCAACACAACGACCAGCUGUAAUUUCACAGCCUUCUAGCGCACGCAAAUCGUAUAAAUCUUAUAGCAUAAGCGAGAUUCUUAAGACCAACGACAGUUCAACGCAACACGAAGAGAGUGGUGAUCGUCAUGUAACUCACUUGCCUUCUGAAGAUCGCUAUUACCUUGCAAACAGGGAGAGAGUUAUACGUGAACCAUCUGGGUGUUGGAGCUAUGAAGAGGCCUCUCCCACACAAGCCUGUACAGCGUGUUGUCAAUGUUACUCUGCACUACGGUACCCCUGCAGCAUCCCAUACAGACCAUGGGCAAUGACGGUGGCGGCAGACAGGGAUGCAUUCCAUUGCGGGUAUUCUUCAACAGGAUCUGCAUAUCUAUAUUCGGAUAUCGCAAGAAAGAAAUCAAGCAGGCCAACUUUUAAUGGGCGUCAAAUCUACCACUUGGAGAAGACUUUUGAACAGACAAAAUACCUGGCAGGACCUGAGAGAACAAGGCUCGCUCAUUACCUUGCCAUGACAGAAAAUCAAGUGAAAGUAUGGUUCCAAAAUCGACGGACAAAAUGGCGAAAAAAAACAGCCGAAAUGGAGAAAGCGAGAGAGGCUGCCAUGGCCCACGCCCAAAGAUUGAGAAACUUGGAUUUGGUCGAGCUUUGUUCGCACUCUAAUGAACGAAUUAGCAGAUGCUCUGAUGGGAAAGAUUCGACUGACUCGGAAAAUGAGACGACUAGCUGAGUUGGACUGGGUUUCGAACCUGAUCUCGUUUUCAAAACGAGAUAGGUGAUGUGGAAUCACGCCUGCUCGUAAGAAAGUGGUGCUCACGCUGAUGGUCAUCGUGGCGUUUUGAUGGCGGUUUUCACAAAAGUUGCUUGUGAUUUGUUGAGCUGAUAUGUCAAAUCGAUUUUGCUCGCUUUUCGGUAGUUGCCAUUUUAUAUUUUUAAGCAACAGUGAACUAUAUUUUGCCAAUGAAUUUGAAUCGCUGUGUAUAUAAAUUUAAUCUGUGAAAUAGUAAAAACAGUCGCCAAUGAAUAACAAAGCUGUGUAUUAAUUUUUAUAAGAACCCGUAAUAUUUCUAAACAGACAAAUGUAAAAGAACAAAUUUCCUUGCCUUUGCUUUCAUUUUCUUUGCCUGGUAGAUAUUUCUGAAUACCCAUCUAUAGUUUUAUGAAAUCGCUUCAUCUAUGUACCUUAACAUUCUGUUAAGACAACACGUCAGUCUAUUUACUGUUGACGUUUAAUCGAGUUUUAAGUUCAUAGAAACGACUACUUUCUGAGGUAUUUUAUUUCGGACUUUUGCCCCUGUGGAAAAGGUUAUAAUUCCCAUCCCUUUUUAAAGACUACGUAUUGUAUUUAUUUUUUGUGCAGAAGACAUGAAUGGACUAUUUCAAAUUAUUUUGCCAAUUCCAAUAGGCUGAAUCAUGCCAGAAGGCCGUCUCCGUACCUGCCGGCCAAAUCGCCUUUUUUACUAGUCUUUGCUUUCCACAGUUAUUCUGUUUCUAUUUAUUUCAUGAUAGUAUAAGAAAAUCUCAUGGAAUGGACCAUUUUUGUGGCCCAUUGCAAUCAUUUUUUACCCGGGCCCAUUACAAUCAUUUUUUACCCUAGCCUUCGUCAUCGAUAAAAAAUUGCAGAAAUGGACCUUUUUGGUGAGAGAAACAAAAUAUAACAAAAUGGACCAUCGAGAACCAUUAUCAAAUUUUUUGUAUGAACCAACUCUGUGCUAGAACAAAAAAUCCAAAUCUGUGUUCAGUCUAGUUGCGUUUCAGUUGAAUGCUGCCCUCUUAUGGCAAAAAACCUUUUUAGACUUACUUUGGUGUUGCUGCUGAGCUCAAGAAAUAGAAAGGCGAUUUCAUAUAUCUAUAUCAUGGAAUUCUUUUGUAAUUGAAGAACGAUUUCAAGGAGAUUUAUCUUUGCAAGAUUUUUAUUCAGUUGUUUUCUUGAGUUUGUCUUUGACAUUACCGGCCCUUUUGUCAAAUAGGGUUUCUUAAACUUUGACAACGCUCUUUCUCUUGUGUACAUAACCUUUAUCCUUCAAAGACUUCACCUUGAUCUCCUUAUUAUUGUCAAGUAUUAUCAAGGAGUUUGCCAGUCUUGGGAAGUUUCUUCUUCUAUUGACUAUCAAACUAUGGGUGCAUUUACUUCUGUAUUGAUGUUUGCCUUUAUUGUUUACCUUGCCAACUGCCAACUUUGUUUUGUCAAUGUAAGCCCUUCCUCCAUAUUUAAGAAAGUUGGUAAGUUCCUCACCUACGUUUUCAUGCUUUGCAACUAUCGUUGUUGCCUUGGUGACGGCAGAAACAAUGCUGGUUUAUUCUAUAUGCAAUGCAAUAGGCACAUUUAAACGAGGCCCUUUAAAGAUAUGCCUGCCACAGCAUAUCACAAUCCCGUCAAAAUUUGUAAGGUUUUUUAUUAUCGUUCUACAAAGCACUGAUUACAAGAAUACUGUUCUAAAGCCCCACGUUUUCCGUUCAAAGAACGCUGGCUUUCGCUUUCAAUAGCGAGCCGACCUGAGUAAACUUAUUAAGAACGAGCAGGUGUUUUCUGAAAGCAUUGAAUUGCAUUAGGCGCAGACUUGUUGUACAAGGCCUCAAAGUAGCAGAUGUUUCGAGGGCUUAAAGCAAGUCGAAAGAAUUACUGAAGCUCUCGUUAGCAACUUCUCAUCCCGCCUUUGCAAAUAAAUUGAGGACUCAAAGUCCAGCGUACAACCUGCACCGAUGAACAUGGACAAAACGAUGCUAGUUCAAAACGUCGAGUCGUUGAAAUUUCAACUAGAGAUCAACAGGAUGCCUCUGUCCAAAUCUUGCAACGAGAUAAAGCAGUUUUGCUUGCAGCACUCUCCGACAGAUCCUCUUGUCAAUCCAAAUGCUAGAAAGUCAAACCCAUGGGCUGAAAAGUCAAAAUGUAGUCUUAUAUAGAAGAAGAAAACGAAUGAUAACUUUCUGACGAUUAAAAAUAUUAUGAAGAUUGGUAAAGAAGAAAUUUUGCUGCAGAGCUGAGCAGCGAAUUGGAACAACCUGAAUGAUUCAAGAUCACAUUUACUGGACGUAACCUAACGUCUUUUAACAGGUUUAUCAUAUUCGACAUCAACUGCAAAUAUAAUACUAACUGAUUUAAAUUAUUAUUAUGUUAUAUACUGUUAUAAUUAACCUCUUGGUCACAUAAAUCUAAUUUAACUGCACACUAUAUAAAGACGUAUUGUAAAAAUGACAUAAGCAGCAUAGAAUUGGUAAUUGUCACGAGAAGAACAGACCCGGAAUCUCACUAACCUUAUAAUCAUCAAACCAUAAAAUCGUUUGAAACUCUUCUUAUACUUAGUAACACCAUUCUUCUGGCUUUUUAACAUAUUUUAGACAGACCAUAGCUAUAUAUUAAUGAAGCGUCAUUCAAACAUGUUCUCCCAUGUAAAACUCCUUCCACACUCGAAAGAUGGCAGACGUCUAUAUAGCUUCCUUUAAGACAGAAAGGCCGCGUUUUGUGUUGUUAUGGAUGAAAAAUUGUUAAUUUAUCUUUUUCUUUGUAAAUAUUGUCUCUUUGUUUACUUCUUAGUAGUACUACUGCUAAAGUUGCUAAGUUAUAAAGAUGUAAAUUUAAAUUUGCAAAACUAUAGAA